GAGAUACACAAUCUUGAAGAUGGGGAUUACCGGGCCUCCGACAACUGCGUCAAAGCCUAACCGCACUGAGAAACAGCCCAGAAGAUGUGCCAUCAACCCAUUUCACAGUAUAAAGUUUUUUGUGCUAUGUCACGGACUGUUACAGCUCUCCCAACUCUUGGUAUCAGGUUAUCUGAAAAGUAUUGUCUCAACCAUUGAGAAACGAUUUGGACUUUCCAGCCAGACCUCGGGAAUGCUGUCCUCUCUGAAUGAGAUCGGAAGCGCUGUGUUUAUUGUGUUUGUCAGCUACUUUGGCAGUCGAGUUCAUCGCCCCCGACUGAUUGGCUGUGGGGGUAUCCUCGUUAGUGUUGCUGCAUUCACUAUGGCCUUGCCCCACUUCAUCAUGGGACGGUAUAUAUACGAUCGCACCACCACAUAUAAUGUUAGUACUGUCUCUGAUAUCUGCCACUUGAUGCCUAAGGACCAGAAUUUAAACAGUGAAAACUGCAGUGUGGAGAAAAACAGCAGUGAUUAUGAAACACUUUCGCUGCUGAUAGUUGGGCAAUUACUGUUGGGAGUUGGCGGUGUUCCCAUUCAGCCGUUCGGGAUAUCAUAUGUUGAUGAUUUUGCCAGCAAUAGGAACUCACCUUUCUACCUCGGAAUCUUGUUUGCAGUUAGUGUCCUCGGACCAGCGUUCGGCUUCGUUUUAGGUUCUGCUGUUCUCCGUCUCUACGUUGACAUCGAUAAACUUUCAGCUGCUGAUAUCGAUUUGGAGUUUGGAGAUCCACGUUGGGUAGGAGCUUGGUGGCUUGGAUUCCUUAUGGCUGCUAGUUUUGUCGGCAUAGUCUCUGUCCCAUAUUUCUUUUUCCCGAAAGAGAUGCCCAAGGAGUACUUUCUGCCAAAAUUGGAUGAUCUCUCCCUCAGCUUUAUUGCGGAGACGGACAAUGAGAAGGAGGAAUGGGUGGAGGCGCUACGCGAUUCCAUAGCCGAGGCUCUGUCUAACUACGAGGUCGCCGAACAGAUCUGGGCGGUGGAAUCGAACAUGCGCUGUGCUGAUUGUGGAGCUCCCAAACCAGAGUGGGCCUCCAUCAACCUCUGCCUGGUCGUCUGCAAGAGGUGUGCAGGGGAACAUCGAGCCCUGGGCCCAGGCAUUUCCAAAAUACGGAGUCUGAAGAUGGACAAGAAAGUUUGGACUGAGCAGAUGAUUAAGAUGUUUCAAUGCAUCAGUAAUCGGAAAGCCAAUCAGUUCUGGGCAGCGAAUAUUCCCCCCAGUGAGGCCAUCAACGAAACGAGCAGCAGUAUGGAGCGGAGGCGAUUUAUCAGCGCAAAAUACAGACAGGGCAAAUACCGUAAAUACCACCUCCUGUUCGGCAACCAGGAAGAACUCAACAAGGCUCUGUGUGCAGCGGUAGUUACCGGUGACCUGGAAGAGACCAUGUCUCUGGUUUUCUGUGGGGCUGAUGUGAGCUGCUUCUCUGGGGACCCUGAUCUCCCGUCUCCGGCCGACCUGGCCCAGCAGGCAGGCCAGACUCUCCAAGUGGAAUUCCUGAACCAAAACAAGAACUCGGAGACCCCGCGUUUAGAGCUGGGAUAUUUCGAUAGACAGUAUUACGUGGCCCCACCAUCCAUUACACACAACGGCUACCUGUAUAAGACAGCAUCCAUGGGUAAACCAAUCACAGAGAGGAAAUCCAGAGAAGAGUUCAGCAAGCGAUGGUGUGUUCUGGAUAAUGGGUUGCUGAGUUACUAUGACAGUGACAGGAACUCCACGCCUAAUGGGACCAUUGAGAUGCGUGAGGUUGUGUGCCUCAGCAUCAACAGCCCAGCGGCACACGGGUUUGAGCACACGUUUGAGGUAUUUACAGAUUCCGAGCGCCUGUUCAUGUUCGGGACAGACAGCGCACAGUCUAACAAAGCCUGGGUCAAAUCCAUUGCCAAGUCCUUCCUGCCAGCUGGGAUUGACCUCAUGAACCACGAGUUUGAGCGAAUUGGGCGCCUGCAGUACAAGGAUGGGCUGAACCUGGAGCAGGCGAAGGUGGGCUGGUUUGCGCUGGUGAGCUCCACGCUCUUUGCCUGGUUCCAGGACUCAGACAAGGAGGAAGCCAUUAACCUACAGAAGCUGCAGGAGUUGUCAGAGCAGUCUGACCACGAUGUCCUUGUCCUGGUGGAGAAGAGAAGGACUCUGUACAUCCAGGCCGUGAGGAAACUGGACUUUAUUGGUUGGAAUAGCUCGAUCCAACGCGCUGCGGCCAGUGCAGGUAACACUCUGUCCGAGCAGCAGCUGACGGAUGAAGAUAUCCCUGUCGUUGUGGAUCGAUGUAUUGCCUACAUUACACAGUACGGUUUGACCUCGGAGGGGAUUUACAGGAAGAGUGGCCAGAAAUCGAAGACCACAAACCUGCUGGAGAUGUUCCUGAAGGAUGCCCGCAGUGUGCGGCUGAGGGAAGGGGACCAUCAGGUUGAUGAUGUCUCCAACACCUUGAAGCGUUUCUUCAGGGAGAGUAUUGGAGAAAGUGUCUUCACCGACCAGGUCUACCAGGAUUGGCUGCACACCUCAAUGAUUCCUGAAGAGAGGCAGAAGAUCCUGCAAUACCAGAAGCUGUUUGCGUGCUUGCCGAAAGUCAACCGGGCAACUCUCAAAGCCUUGAUCAACCACCUCUACUGUGUCCAGAGACUAUCAGACAAGAAUCAGAUGACAGUGCACAACCUGGCCAUUGUGUUUGGGCCUACGCUGUUCCAGACCGACGGACAAGACAAUAAGGCUGGCCGUGUGGUGGAGGAUCUCAUCAAUCACUUCAUCGACCUCUUCAACGUGGAUGAACUGCAGCUUAAGAAGCAACUUGAUGAAAUUGUCAGCAUCAUUAAACUGCGGGACGCGUGCUUGGUGCAAUCCAGCCAGAAUGCUGGGGACUUUAUCUGCACAGUGUACUUGGAGGAGAAGAAAUCAGACUGUGAGCUUAGCUUGAAGGUUCCUGCGACGAUGACAGCCCAGGAGCUGACUGAUGAGAUUCUGUACCUGCGGAAACUCAUUACCAAGGAGAAAGACAACUGGUGCUGCUUUGAGGUGAUCGAAAGGGAGGAGAUGGAACGACCACUACAUUACACUGAGAAGGUUUUACCCAUCCUGCAGUCGCUGGGUGCUGACAGCUAUCUAGUGGUGAAGAAGAACAUGGCCAUUGACACCAUGUUGAUGUAUUUGGCCAGUAAAGUGGCCGAUCAGAAACACGGCAUGGUGAAAUUCCGGGAGGAGAGGAAACUGGGAUUGGGAGUGGGCAGUUUCAGUGACCGUUAUUUCAUGCUGACCGGCUUCACCCUGAGACUCUACAAGGAAGUGCGGAGCAAUAAACCUGAGAAGGAAUGGCCAGUGAAGAGUUUGAAGGUCUAUCUUGGAGUGAAGAAGAAAUUUAAACCACCAACAUGUUGGGGAUUCACCAUUGUUUAUGAGAACAAGGAAAGGCAUGAGAAGCAACAGUGGUAUGUAUGCUGUGACACUCAGAUGGAGCAGCGAGAGUGGUUAGCGACCUUCCUGUAUAUCCAGCACGAUGGGAACGUGUGGCCAGUGAACUCCUCCAGCUCACGGACUUCGCGAUCGCCUCCAGACGCCAGGUUUAAUAACGUCUCCCUGAUCCCUCUGCGAGGGAACGCCAGUGAAAUGAGGAAUAGUGUAGCAGCUUUUUCUGCUGACCCUCUCUCUAUCUUUAAGAAGCAGUGAAAGCCUGGCCUACAGUCAAGGAGGCUCAGGAACCAGAAACUACGGACCGGGGAAACGGAAAGGAGGGAGCGAGAUGGAGGCGAAGGUGCAGGACCAGCUACUUCCACUGAGCAUUGCUGUUCGUGGUUCUAGUACAGGUGAAGAACUGACUUUAUCGAUCCACCCGAGCUAAUCGUUGGUGUGCGAGUGAAGGACCAAUGUGAAAAUCACCUGCUAUUUAAAAGAUUCUCAAUACAUCGAUAUAAAAACUAUUGUAGCAUAGAGAAUGUCCAAUGAAAGCUUGUACAUAUGUUAUAACUUGUACCCCCUUUUUCCCGAGCCCCUCCGCCAGCUGCAAAGAUGUUUAUUUAAUUUAACCCUGAUUUCCUCAGCUUACGAUCUGCUCUUGUUGUCAAGUCUGUGCGACGCUCGGACAAAAUGUGAAUAGAUGUUGCGGGGGGGUGCGGGGUCGGUGCAGAUGGGAGAUAAAACAGAUCAAAUCUUUCCCUGA